UUCCUCGUUGCCGCGGCGGCAGCGGCGGGGCCGGCGGCAGGAAGCAUACAUGACUUGCUGAAAAGAGAGAAAAUGCUAUGCUGGGGAUACUCGUCUUUUGGACAACCUGGGAUAGGUAGCAACCUCCAGGUCAUCGUUCCCGAACCGCAGGUGUAUGGAUUCAUUCAUGACAGAAAUGUCAAGGAGGUGGCAUGUGGAGGAAACCACUCUGUCUUCCUGUUGGAAGAUGGGGAAGUGUAUACCUGUGGCUUGAACACCAAUGGCCAACUGGGGCAUGACUGUGAAGGAAGCAAGCCAGAGCAAAUCGGAGCCCUGGCUGGGCAGCACAUCGUGCACGUGGCCUGUGGAGAGUCUCACAGCGUGGCGCUCAGCGACCAGGGCCAGCUCUUCUCCUGGGGUGCUGGCAGCGAUGGACAGUUGGGCCUCACCACUAUAGAAGACGCAGUGACGGUACCAAGGUUGAUAAAGAAAUUGAACCAACAGACGAUACUUCAGGUUUCCUGUGGAAAUUGGCAUUGCCUGGCUUUGGCAGCAGAUGGCCAGUUCUUCACAUGGGGGCAGAACAGCUAUGGUCAGCUGGGCUUGGGCAAAGAAUGUCCCUCCCAAGCCAGUCCACAACGUGUCAAGUCUCUUGAUGGCAUCCCUUUGGCUCAGGUUGCUGCAGGCGGAGCCCACAGUUUUGCCCUCUCUCUCUCAGGAGCUGUGUUUGGCUGGGGGAAGAACAGCUCAGGACAGCUGGGACUAAGUGAUGAACGAGACCGAGAAUCCCCUUGUCAUGUGAAGCUGUUGCGGUCUCAGAAGGUUGUUUACAUCAGCUGUGGGGAGGAACACACAGCAGUUCUGACAAAGAGUGGAGGGGUGUUCACGUUCGGUGCAGGUUCCUGCGGGCAACUGGGACAUGACUCCAUGAAUGAUGAAGUGAACCCCCGAAGAGUUCUUGAGCUAAUGGGCAGUGAAGUAUCCCAAAUUGCUUGUGGCAGACAUCACACUUUAGCCUUUGUGCCUUCUUCAGGAAUGAUCUAUGCAUUUGGCUGUGGAACAAGAGGCCAGCUGGGAACAGGGCACACGUGCAAUGUUAAGUGUCCCUCUCCCGUCAAGGGUCACUGGGCAGCUCACAAUGGGCAACUCUCAGGGAAACCUGAUGCCUGUAAAUAUCACAUUGUUAAACAUAUCUUCUCUGGAGGAGACCAAACAUUUGUGCUUUGCUCCAAAUAUGAGAAUUCCUUGCCUGCUGAUGAUUUCCGGACCAUAAAUGAAACACGUUACACCUGUUUAAUAAAUGAUGAAACUAUAGAUGUCUGGAGGCAAAAGCUUUUAGAAAAGAACAGUUCUAAUUCUGUCAAUAAUGUUGUUCAGAUACUGUCCUCAGCUGCCUGCUGGAAUGGAAGCUUCUUGGAGAAGAAAAUCGAUGAACAUUUUAAAACCAGUCCGAAGAUCCCAGGGAUUGAUCUGAACUCCACCAGAGUGCUGUUUGAGAAGCUGAUGAACUCUCAGCACUCUAUUCUCCUAGACCAGAUACUGAAGAGCUUUGAAAGUUUUUUGAUUCCUCAGCUGUCCAGCUCACCUCCAGAUGUUGAGGCAAUGAGGAUCUAUCUGAUUCUCCCUGAAUUCCCACCCUUCCAAGACUCCAAGUAUUAUAUCACGUUAACGCUUCCUCUAGCAAUGGCUAUUCUGCGCCUCGAUACCAACCCCAGCAAAGUUCUUGAUAACUGGUGGUCUCAAGUGUGCCCAAGAUAUUUCCUCAGGCUAGUGGACCUCUAUAAAGGCGCGGUGGUUUACCUCCUCAGUGGAAGAAAGACACUGUUGAUCCCAGUCCUGUUCAGUAGCUACAUUACAGCUGCUCUCAGACUUCUGGAGAAACUCCACAAGGUAAAUCAGAAGGUUAAACACGUAGAAUAUGAUAAGUUUUAUAUCCCUGAGAUUUCCAGCUUGGUGGACAUUCAGGAGGAUUAUCUCAUGUGGUUCUUACAUCAGGCUGGAAUGAAAGUAAGACCAUCUAUCAUGCAGGAUGCUGUGACACUCUGUUCUUAUCCUUUCAUCUUCGAUGCUCAGGCUAAGACCAAGAUGUUACAGACAGAUGCAGAACUACAGAUGCAGGUUGCAAUUAAUGGUGCAAAUCUGCAGAAUGUCUUCAUGCUUCUCACCCUGGAGCCUCUGCUGGCCAGAAGCCCUUUCCUGGUACUUCAUGUUCGCAGGAGUAACUUAGUUGGUGAUGCUUUAAGGGAGCUGAGCAUCCAUUCAGACAUUGAUUUGAAAAAGCCUCUUAAAGAACAGGCCGCUUACAGUAGAACAUGUUUUAUCUCUGAGAGGUUGCUACAAAAUUCAGCAGCUGCUGUCACGUUGCUGCUUCAGUUGUUGGGAGGACAGGUCAUCUUUGAUGGUGAGGAAGCUGUUGACGCUGGGGGAGUGACAAAGGAAUUUUUCCUCCUGUUGUUAAAAGAACUCCUCAACCCCAUCUAUGGCAUGUUCACUUACUACCCAGAGUCAAACCUGCUGUGGUUUUCAGACACGUGUUUUGUAGAACACAACUGGUUUCACUUGAUUGGCAUCAUAUGUGGUCUUGCAAUAUACAACUUCACUGUGGUAGACCUUCACUUUCCCUUGGCUCUGUACAAAAAACUCUUGAACGUGAAGCCCUGCCUAGAGGAUUUGAAGGAGCUAUCCCCUACGGAAGGAAGGAGUCUUCAGCAACUUUUAGAUUACCCUGGGGAAGAUGUAGAAGAGACAUUCUGCUUGAAUUUUACAAUCUGCAGGGAAAGCUAUGGUGUGACAGAGCAGAAGAACCUGAUUGAAGAUGGAGAUAAAAUUCUGGUGCAGAAGGACAAUAGGAAAGAAUUUGUUGAAGCCUACGUAAAUUACAUCUUCAAUCUCUCCAUCCAUGAGUGGUACACGGCCUUUUCUACUGGCUUCCUGAAAGUGUGUGGUGGGAAAGUCCUGGAACUCUUCCAGCCCACAGAGCUCAGGGCCAUGAUAGUUGGAAACAGUAACUACAACUGGGAGGAAUUGGAGGAGAGCGCUGUCUAUAAGGGAGACUACACUGCGACACACCCGACUGUGAGAAUGUUUUGGGAAACGUUUCAUGCAUUUCCCUUGGAAAAGAAGAAGAAAUUUCUCUUGUUUCUGACGGGCAGUGACCGCAUUCCCAUCUACGGCAUGUCCAGCCUGCGCAUCGUCAUCCAGUCCACCGCCAGCGGGGAGCAGUACCUGCCCGUGGCGCAUACCUGCUACAAUCUCCUGGACCUGCCCAAGUACAGCAGCAAGGAGAUCCUCAGCGCCCGACUGGUGCAAGCCAUCGAUCACUACGAGGGUUUUAGCUUAGCUUGAACGGUGUGGCAGAGGCACAGACACUUGGGUACGGAGGAAGAAAGCGAUGGGCUUGGCUUUAUUUUUGUAAGGGAAUGGAUCAGAACAUUUUGGGGGAAAAUACAAUUAGUAAUAAUAAUAGAUUGAGAUGAUGCAGUCUCAGCCUGAUGCUGCCAGCAUUUUGUGGGGCUUCAGCAGGGAGAGGCUAUUGCUUUGAAUUUUCUCAGCUACUGAACAAAAUCAGUUCAGUGGGCAUUUUUGUUGUUUCCCCCCCAACUUGACAUCACUGCCCUCCUGGCAAUUCCUUGUAGUUUGCUUUUAAUGCCCCUACACACACACAAACACACACACACACUUACCUCUCCUUUUAAUCCAGUUUAAGUAUUUUGAUGUUCCUUGCAAUUUAGGCUAUGGUGGAAAUUGAGGAUGAAGUAGUGAUCUCCUUUUUGAAAAGCUGUGAUUUUCCCCCCACCCUUUUUUCCUCCCUUUUUAAAUGCAAGCUGGUUCUUGCUUGCUUUGAAUGGAAGUAUCCCCUCUUGAUGGGAUGGUACUGGGCUGGGACGUCAUUUGUGACCCCAAGGGCGGUGUAUUAGUGAUGCUCUGUCUUUUUGCACCAGCAUGUCUCAUGGAGAAUAUGGUGGUUUGGCGGGGUUGCCUUGUUUUCCCUCACUUGUCCUGAACUUUGUUUCCAAGCAAUGUCUUCUUAAAGAAGCCUCAGACUCCUCUGGAGCAGGGUUUGCGUUCAGGCUCGUGGAAGGACAAACCCUACCUAUAAUAACGGGUUUCUCAGCUUGCACCUCUUGUGUUGUGUUUCUAUCUUGGCAAGUCUACAAGUUAGACGGGUGGGCUUCACCGAGCCCUGUUUUUCCAUCCGAACAGACCUUUUAUUCCAGUACAAGGUGAGGUGGCUGCUUCUACCACUGCGCCUUUCUCCAGAGGCAUCACGUCUGUGUGAAUGUAUGCAUGCGUGCGUGUGAGCGUGCGGGGGUGUGUGAGUGUAUGAGGUGUGUAAGAGCUCUCCAGUCUCAUCAGGUCAGAGGAAAGAAAUAAGCACGAGAUCCACGUUUGAGUGACAACCCUCUGUUUGGAGAUUGGUUUUAUUUUUGCAGUUAGGGUUACUUUAUUUUGCUGUUUGAGAGGAGCCCUUUCACUUGACAGCUGUUUUGCUGAGGGGCCCUAAAGGGCAAUCUGUAUGAAUUAGACUGGAAAUGUACAUUAGGACUUGAGUAGGCAAGAUCAUUACCUAAAUUUAUCCUGUAAGAUUGGAGAGCCUUUAUCCUCUUUCCCCCAGUCUCACCCCCCCAUUAAAUGACGUUUGAACGAUCCCCCCAUUUUUCAGAUCUUGAUGUAAAUCUCAUUUUAGGCCUAGGGUGGUUUUGACAUUGACUUGUUAUUAGGACAUAGUAUUUAUGCACCAUGUUCAAUAUACAGUAUUGAACUUUACACCUCGUAACAAAAGGUUUUAGGCUUCUGGGUUUUUUUUAAGACAAGCUGUGGGCUACACUGAGAGCCCUCCAGCCUCUUUCUAAUGCAGCAUUGAAGACAAAUAUACAAUUAUAUCAAAUGUUUAUUUUCGAUGUGUGUGUACAUAGUACAGUAUUAUGCAAUAAAUUUGAUGUUUAAUUCUGA